AUGUCAUCAAUCAUUGUUUCUCUCAAACACCUCAUCGAUUCUAUCUUUGAGGUCAUAUACUCCAUUUUCAGCACGGCUUUUCAUGCAACAACCGGAGUCAUCACGACCAUAGUCGACUUUUUCGUGGGGAUUGUCCAAACAGCAUUGAGGGCGGCAGGAAACACUCUUGAGGCAAUCGGGGGACUUGGCAAGUUUAUUGCAAGCAAUCUUGUUAUCAUAUUGCUCAUUGCCGGAGGGGUAUAUGGCUAUGUGCAGUAUCAGGGUCGCCAAGGACGGUCUACCAGGGCUUCAAACAAGAAGCUUAACUAA